GUCUUCCUGACUCAGGACAGGUUUCUUGCUACUGUUUCACACUGCCUCUCUUGCCUAGCACAAAAGUGUUGUAGUCAUAAACUGAGGAUCAGAAGGGAACUGAAUCCUGUUAAGUGAGGAUGAGGGACCACCAAAUCACCAAGUUUCCUUGGUUAUCCUGUAAGCAUCUUUUUCAUCAUCGUCAAUGAAUUCUGUGAAAGAUUUUCCUACUAUGGAAUGAGAGCAAUUCUAGUUCUGUAUUUCCAACGUUUCCUUGGAUGGAAUGAUGACCUAUCUACUGCCAUCUAUCACACAUUUGUUGCUCUAUGCUACCUAACACCAAUCCUUGGAGCUCUCAUUGCUGACUCAUGGCUGGGAAAGUUCAAAACAAUCAUCUCAUUGUCCAUUGUUUAUACUUUGGGGCAAGUAGUCACUGCCAUAAGUUCCAUUAAUGACCUCUCGGAUGCUAACCAUGAUGGAAGCCCUGAUACCAUUGCUUUACAUAUAACUUUGUCUAUGGUGGGUCUUGUCCUGAUUGCUUUUGGUACUGGUGGAAUAAAACCUUGCGUUUCGGCAUUUGGUGGAGAUCAGUUUGAAGAAAAUCAGGAAAAACAAAGAAACAGAUUUUUUUCCAUCUUUUAUCUGGCCAUCAAUGCUGGAAGUCUGAUUUCUACAAUCAUAACUCCCAUACUCAGAGUUCAAGAAUGUGGCAUUCAUAGCAAACAAGCAUGUUAUCCAUUGGCAUUUGGAGUCCCUGCUGCUCUGAUGGCUGUAGCUCUAUUUGUGUUCAUCAUUGGCAGUAGCAUGUACAAGAAGGUUCAACCUCAGGGCAACAUAAUGUCUAAAGUUGCCAACUGCAUUGGUUUUGCAAUCAAGAAUAGAUUUAAGCACCGGAGUAAAGAAUUCCCAAAGAGGAAACACUGGCUGGAUUGGGCUAAAGAAAAAUAUGAUGAGAGGCUUAUUACCCAAAUAAAGAUGGCUGUAAAGGUGAUGUUCCUGUUUAUUCCUCUCCCAAUGUUUUGGGCUCUGUUUGAUCAACAGGGCUCAAGAUGGACUCUACAAGCAACAACCAUGAAUGGAAACUUUGGAGCGAUUGAAAUUCAGCCUGAUCAGAUGCAGACCGUGAAUGCCAUCCUGAUUGUUAUCAUGGUACCAAUUGUAGAUGCUAUGGUUUAUCCUUUAAUUGCCAAGUGUGGGUUCAAUUUCACGUCCCUGAAGAAGAUGACCGUGGGCAUGUUCUUAGCUUCCAUGGCAUUUGUGGCAGCUGCGAUUGUGCAAGUGGAAAUAGAUAAAACUCUUCCAGUCUUUCCUACAGAAAACCAAAUCCAAGUUCAGGUACUGAAUGUAGGCAAUGAAUCCUUAAAUGUAUCUUUUCCUGGACAUGGGAUGGACUUACACGUGAACGAGUCCAGUGGCUUCUGGACUUCGGAAAUCAAUAGCCCACCAAAUAUAAACAUUAGUUACGGGCAACAACAGUACACAGUUCCAAAUAACUUUGAAAACGGCUAUCGCCACAGUAUUCUAGCAUGGGAUAUCAGCAACAUUGUUGUGCUGAAAGACAGCCUUAAAAGCAAGCCAGAAAAAGGAGAAAAUGGAAUCAGAUUUGUCAAUGGCUUGGAUCAAACCAUCACUGUCAACAUGGAUGGAAAAUUGUAUGAGAAUAUUACCAGUUACAAUGCCAGUGAUUAUGAGUUUUUUACUUCGGGCACAAAAACUAUCCAAAUUUUAGGGGGCUGCGAACGUCGUUCUCCAAAACUUGAAUUUGGCAGUGCAUACACCUAUGUGAUAACAAAGUGUGAUGCUGAUGGCCUAGAAUUUAAGAGUUUUGCAGAUAUCCCACCCAAUACGGUCAAUAUGGCUUUUCAGAUCCCACAAUAUUUCCUUCUCACCUGUGGUGAAGUUGUCUUCUCCAUAACUGGCUUGGAGUUCUCAUAUUCACAGGCUCCUUCCAACAUGAAGUCAGUACUUCAAGCAGGCUGGCUGCUCACAGUGGCUUUUGGGAACAUCAUUGUUCUUAUUGUGGCUGGAGCAGGCCAGUUUGGUGAACAGUGGGCUGAAUACAUUAUCUUUGCCUCACUGCUGUUGGUUGUUUGCUUUAUAUUUGCCAUCAUGGCAUAUUUCUACACCUACGUCAAUCCAACGGAGAUUGAAGCCCAGUUUGAUAAUGAUGACAAAACAAAGAAGCUUGAAAAAGUUGGGGAUGUAUCUGAUCCAUAUGAAAAACCUGAAUCAUUUUCACAGACGAAGAUGUGAAUGUUAAGAACAAAUGUUGAGAACAAUAGAGAGUUCACAUUAGGACUGCUGUAAUAUAAACAGAGCACUAUUGGACUGUGACUGAUGAGGAAGAACUUAAUUUGUCAACACUUAUGGUGGCAACUAUACCAAGCUAACUAACUCUUCUCAACUGUAAUGAAUGACAAACUCUGGAAGCAUUUAUAAGACAGAUUUGCUUUAAAAAAGAAAACACAAAAUUAAUUUUUAUAACACAACCUCAACUUUGUUGAAGACUAUCCUCGUCUCCACCAUGAAGAGAACUAACCAUUACUUUUGUGUAUUCCUUUUUUUAUUGUGAAAAAGUAUCUUUCAAAAUAUACCAUAUUGCCUGCACUUCAGCACAUUUGUAACAACAGAUAAGAUGUUAGGAAAUGUAACUAAAACCCAUGCGAACAAUGAAUCAGCCAACCAAUAUUUCAGUAUAUGAGUGUCUAAUUACCAGUUAGUGUUACUUCACUGUCCACUUUCACCAACCCCUACCUAUUUUUAAGCUGUGUAUGUAACUCAAACACUCAGGUGGAGGCCAGUUAUGGUACUGGGUGUAUAAAUGGUAUAUUCAAUAAAUUCCUGUUCCUAAAAAUAAGUGUUUAGAAUUUUUGCUUUGAGGGAAAUGAACAGUUUUACUUGUUGAAUCUUGGAUAUUUGACAGAUGAUCAUUUUAAUGGUUGGACAUUGUAAAUUUACUUCUUGGGGGAAAGUUCAUGUCCCACAGACUCAGGUUUCCAUAUUUUCCCAAUUUCUGUCCUCAGUUUCUGUACUUCUUGAGCCAGGCAAUCUAGAAUAUCAAUAAAAUCAGUUCUUUUGAAA